AUGGCAGCGAAGUAUUUACCUCGGAAGGUGUCACCUUCGGAGCGCGAUCUGUACUCGAAACUGAAAACGCUCGAAAAGCAGCUCGACUUGUGUGAUAUACAGAUUAUAAAAACCCAGGAAAAUUACGUUAAGGAGGAACAUAAGAAUUUAAAAUUAGAAUUGCUCAGAGCACGCGAAGAAAUCAAACGAAUCCAAAGCGUUCCACUGGUAAUAGGCCAAUUUUUGGAUAUGGUAGACAAGAGUCAUGGAAUUGUCUCGUCUACUGCUGGUUCAAAUUACUAUGUGCGCAUUUUAUCUACAAUUAAUAGGGAGCAACUUACACCCAAUACAAGCGUCGCAUUACAUCGUCACAGUCAUAGUGUAGUUGACGUUCUACCACCGGAAGCGGAUUCAUCAAUUCAGAUGCUCCAAUUAUCAGAUAAGCCCGAAGUGUCUUAUGCGGAUAUUGGAGGACUAGAUGCUCAAAAACAGGAAGUGCGUGAAGCAGUAGAGCUGCCGCUAACGUGUCCGGAAUUGUAUCACCAAAUUGGCAUUGAUCCACCAGUCGGCGUGCUGCUCUAUGGCCCCCCAGGCACAGGAAAAACAAUGUUGGCGAAAGCCGUUGCUCAUCAUACUGGAGCUAACUUCAUUCGUGUGGUGGGCAGUGAAUUCGUACAGAAGUAUCUUGGAGAGGGUCCGAGAAUGGUACGAGACAUUUUCCGCCUGGCACGGGAGAACGCCCCAGCCAUUCUAUUCAUCGACGAAGUUGACGCCAUUGCAACAAAGCGUUUUGAUGCCCAGACAGGCGCCGACAGGGAAGUUCAGCGCAUACUGCUAGAGCUACUCAACCAAAUGGACGGAUUCGAUCAAAAUGCCACAGUGAAGGUUAUAAUGGCCACCAACAGAGCAGACACAUUGGACCCGGCGCUGCUUAGACCAGGACGGCUUGAUAGAAAAAUAGAAUUUCCCCUGCCUGACAGACGACAGAGGCGUCUCAUUUUCCAAACCAUAACGAGCCAUAUGAACCUAUCGAGUGAUGUUGACAUCGAAAACUGUACGUUUAUUCUGCGCAAUGAAAAUAGACAUGUCGCAGUUGUAGCAAGGCCGGAAAGGAUAUCAGCGGCUGAUAUAGCGGCAAUUUGCCAAGAGGCAGGCUUACAAGCUAUCAGAAAAAAUAGAUACGUCGUCACCAAUAAGGAUUUUCAAAAAGGAUGGAAGCGACACGUCAAAAAGCAGGAUCGCGACUACGCCUUCUACGGUGUAUAG